AUGGAAGUUAAUGUUCUAAAAGGAUGUACUUUCAAUACGUUUGAUAAAGUUUGUGCUGCUAUCAAAGGAUAUGCUGCAGAAACUAGCACAAAUUUGAUUUUAGGAAAAACGACAAAAUAUCCAGACGGCAGUGGUUAUAGGCAAGCAUAUUUUUUCUGCGAAAACCAGGGAAAAUAUGGUGGAAAAAAACAAUAUACCACUAAACGCACCG